AUGGGCGGCAAUGCCUUCAAGACGCUCCACUGCCCUCGCAUACCGACCGAGGUCUACGCCAAGGUGAAGACUAUCACCACCAACGCUCUCGAGGCAAUCUUCAACCAUGUCACCGUACCCUUCGAAAUUCCUGGCAAGUCCGACUUUGGCGACAUUGAUUUCCUCGUCUCGGCUCCCUUUGGAGACUGCUCCACCCUAUCGCUCACCACGUUCCCGUUCGCAACCGUCAUCGAAGCCAUCAAGGAUGCCUUGGGUACGCCUCACGGCCGCCGCGGCUUCCUAACGCCGGACUGCAUGUACUUUGCCAUUCCACUGCCCACGACAGCAAACGCCUUCACUGAGGGCGGCGCGGACAGUAGUGACGAGGAGCUAGUAUCGUGGGUCCAAGUCGAUGUCAAGAUCUGCUUCAAGCCUGAAAUGUUCUCGUGGAUGACUUUCGGGCUCAACUACGCGAGUCAGAGUGGUGUGCUGGGCAGCAUGGUGAAGCCGCUGGGAUUGACGCUUGACCCUGAGGGUUUGCACAUCCGGGUCCAGGAGAUGGAGGACACGGACAGGCCGGGGAGCAUGGUGUGGGUUACGCGACAUUCGUGGACGGUGUGUCGAAUCCUGGGACUGGGGAGGCGGGUUGUUGAUGGGGGGUUUGAGAGUAGCGAGGAAAAGUAUGCCGCGUCUUGGCUGUUCCACCCAGAGCACUUCAGGGCUAGGCUGGAAGAAGAAAGCUACCUCGUUCAGCACAAUCACAGAUCGUACUUCCUGAAGAAGUGGAUCCCGGAGCGCUAUCCCGACUACGAGUUUGAUACGGAGGAAGCUGGAGAUGGAGGUAUUCAGGCUUGGACGGCGCGCACACGAACAGCAGUCAGAGAGAAGGUAUUCACCCACUUCCCACAUGUCGCUGCAGAGUACUACACCAAGCGCGCUCAGCACACCAAAGCAGCUGAGGAGCGCAGACUUCGGGACCUCAUCUCGAACGCGAUUCCUUCCGGCACUGCCGGCUGGAGCGACGACUUCCCGCUCCCACACAUCCAUGUUAGAGAGUCGAUCCCUAGCACGCCUGCGACGAUGCAGCACGGAGCUCUCACACCACCGGCAUCGCCAAUGCACCAACCCACCAACCUCAAGAGUCCACCGUCGCAAUCGCCACUGCCUAUCUCCCAGGAAACCCCUCCACCUCUCUCCACCGACGCACUCCCCGGCCAACCUCGCCACGCAUGCAAAUCCACCCCAUCGCCGCCGCGAACCUCCUCCAUCAACAAGCCAUGGGAAACACCCCUCUCCAUCGACACACUCCCCCGCCAACCUCCGCGCACAUGCAAACCCACCCCACCACCAUCCACCAUGUCCCCCACCGCUCGACUCUCCUGUCUCGCGCGCUGGACUUUUUUCUCCGCCGCUGGAGUUCCCUACCUGCUCCGCUCGCCCCACGCAAAAGACUUCAACCUGCAGUGGCGCGACGCCAUCGCCUGCGGAGCUAGCGAGGAAGCUCUGCUGCGGUGGGCGAGCGAGGUGUGGUGGUGUGUGUGGGUGCGGCAGUGUGUGGUGAACUGGCGGGGCAUGUGGGCUAGGAGAUUCGAGAAGGAGGGUGUUGGGGCCGAGGAGGUGGGUGUGCAGAAUGGAGAGGUGGUGAGGAGAUUCGAGAAGGCGCCGCGAGAGGCUGGGAGGAAGGCAGAGGAGCUGGUGAGGAAGAAUAGGGAGAAGAUGUUGGAAAGGUUGGAUACGCUGAAUCGGGUGUUGGGAUUGCUGGUCGAGGUGGAGAAGUGA